AUGAGGGAGUUUGCCCUCUAUGCGCGUCUUCGUGCAGCACAGGAGGAGAUGAAGAAGCAGCCGCUGCGAGCCGGGGGCGUUCGGCUCCUUGUCACGCUGGAGCUGCUCUCCAUGCUGUGCUACAUUCAGGUGGCGACUCUAACAAAUGCAGUGUUCUUAGCCGUUCCGUUUGUCCUCCUACUGGUGAUGGCCAUGGUCAGGCAUCAAGGGCCCGCGAAGCUCGUGACUGAGCCACUAUACGUGCUGUGGCCGCAUGACCAGUCACGACUUGGGCUCCUGCGCCAGCAGAUAUCAGCAACAAGAUUUGUCGCAUGCGGUUGGAGUCUCAAGCUCGCCUGCUGCGUGGUGUACUGGGCUAGGUUUACGCACGUCAACCUCCUUCCGGACAUUUGCCCUGCACGGUUGCAGAAUGUGGGCUGCGACGGCUACAGCUACUACUGUGCAUAUAAGCAGUUCAAAGCAGCGACACCGUCAUCAGAGCAAAUGGCAGCGGAAUCCCUGUUCAAGCAGCUGUAUGAGGCUGAGGACAGCCCAUGCUGGCACGACUGCAACUGCGGGGACUUUUGCUUGAAAGAGACGUAUGUUGAAUUGGGUGUGUUCGCUCGCACAUUGCGCUGUGAUCCUCUUACUGAUCAAACACUGGAAUGCUGCCAAUGCCUUCACUGCCAGCUCUCAGUGCCAGGGUGGCUGCAAGCCGGAUGCAAGGCCCGCGCAUACAUCCCAGAAACUCCGCGAGAGCUGUUUGAGGCUGCUUGGAACCCAUCGCAUGUCCGGAUGUACUCUCGGAAUCCAUAUUACAUCAGACAUGCAUGGCAUCUUGAGAAUGCCAUGCUGGCGCAGCUUUCUUUCUGUGUGCUGACUCACAACGUAGACGCCGCUGACCUUAGAAUUCAGGUCUGGCGGCUUGCCAUGUGGCUACUGCAGCUCCUGCCCUCCGUCGCUUUGGCUGGCUGGCUUCUGCUGAGUUUGGCAUUACCCAGGAUUCUGCAGCAAGACCCACUGUGCAUGCUGGGCCAAGCAGCCUCAGAUACCAGUGCGAUUGAGCAGGUGGACGCCAAGGCGCAGACUCUGCGGGCAGACAUUUCCCACAAAAGACUGAAGCCAACUCUGAAAGAAAGAGUGAGCCUCUAUAUGGGAUUUGCAUUUUUCCUCCUGGAUUAUGCCUCAGACUUCAACUGCCUAGCACGCAUGGUUCUAGAACAAAAGUAUAGUGUCGCAAUCGCCCAGGCUGUCAUGAUAGUGCUGCCAAUCGUGCUAGAUUGCUAUCGUGGAAAGAUCCAAGUAGUUGAG